AUGGCAAAUGAAUAUCCGAACAACGGUGUACAAUACGAACCACCCAGUUCCGAGGUGAACAUAGACAUUAUCGCAGCACAAACACUUUACAUGUUUGAAAAGUUUGAAACAUUCUUGCAGGCAUAUGAAGAGUGGAAGCAAGGUGGAGGCUUGAAACUUAUAAAAACAGUGAUCAAGGACAUCCCGACAAUUCAAGCAUUGGCAAACUCACUGCCACAGGUGUAUCCGGAAUACGGUGAUUUCAAUGUGACCUAUGAAUAUGAUUCAGAAGAUUUGGGUCCGUCCGAUAUUGAUUAUCCUGUCUACUGAUACGAAGUCGAGGAGGUGUACACAAAGUGACAGUGAAGCAUCAGUGUAACACAGAACACUGAACACUGCGAGUGACCGAAAAUGC